AUGCACAAAAAGUAUCCGAACAGCCCCGUUGAUGCAAAGCUAGUGUGGACCGCUUUUCAAGAGAGUGUGGCCAUGCCUACCUACCAGAUAGCCUUUUCGUUAAACAAAUUCGAAAGUCGAAUCUCAAGCGACACGAAUAACUCAACAACCUUUAGGACGUGGGCUCGAAAGUACGCGCUCAACCAGACCGAGUAUGCAGCGGAAAUAGCGCCUCAACUGCUCGAGUUUCUCGAGGUGUUUCUGGAAACGCCCUACGAUUUGCCAAAAGUGGACAACCUAGCCCUGCCGGACUUUGCCUAUGCAUCAUCGAGUAACUGGGGCCUCAAUAUCUUCACAGAGGAUGCCAUACUCUUUGAUGAGAAACGCUGCACCCUGCUGGACAAACAGAGUGUGGCAAUGAACAUCGCCAAGGAGUUGGCGCAUCAAUGGUUCGGAAAUCUUGUAUCCAUUGAGUGGUGGCACGAUGUUUGGCUCAAGGACGCCUUCGCCGAGUAUAUUGCCGGCUUUGGCCUGCACAUGAUCGAACCGAGCUGGUACUACAUGGAUCGGCGCACCUUGGAGAAUGAAUUCAAAGUACUAGAGUUGGAUGCACACGUACACACAGAUCCGGUGGCCACACCGGUGGCCAACGACACGGAAGUCUGGGCCGCCUACGACAAGAACAGCGUGCGGAAGGCAAUCGCGCUGCUCGGCAUGCUGCACCGCCUGGUCGGCGAUGAGAUAAUAAUCAAUACCUAUCGCCAGUAUUUGCAACAGUUUUCCCAUAAGACAGCCACCCAAAAGGACUUCUGGACUGUGUCCCAGCGCGAGGCAGAUAAUGCAGGACGUCUGCCGAAAGGCAUGGCUAUUGCCCAACUCAUGGAGUCCUGGACGCUUCAAAUGGGAUAUCCGAUUCUGAAUGUGACACGAGACUAUAAGAAGCGAACGGCUCGGAUCACGCAACAGCGCUUUUUCAUCACGCCCCUGCAGGCGACCGAUGAGGGCGAGGUAAACGCCACAAAGACCCGCUUCUAUUGCUGGUGGGUGCCGCUCAGCUAUACGAAUGCCUCAUCCAAGAACUUCGAUUAUACACUACCCCGCAGCUGGCUGACGUGCAAGAACAAGAACUUUGCCAUGCCGGUGACGAUCACAGAUGCUGGUGCUCCCCAGGACUGGUUGGUGCUCAACCUAAAGCUCUCAGCCCUGUAUCGGGUGAACUACGACAGUCGUAAUUGGGAGCUCAUAAAGGCGACGCUAGAUGGGGACAAUUAUCAGGCAAUUCAUAAGAUCAAUCGCGCCCAGCUGGUGGACGAUGCUCUGAAUUUGGCGUGGAGCGGUACACUGACCUAUCACUUCUCUCUCGGACUUAUUGGGUUUCUGAAGCGCGAGGAGGCCUACAUGGUGUGGGCAGCGGCUGCCCGCAGCUUGGAUCGCGUUAACAACAUUGUUAAGAAUAGUCCGGCCUAUCCCGUGUUCAAGAGCUUUAUGCGCGACCUGCUGGGACCUAAAUUCGACGAGAUUUUUGUAAAACCAUCGGCCGGUAAUAGUUUGGACACACUCUAUCGUGUCAUUAUUUUCCAGCAAGCCUGUCAUUACGAACUACUCGCUUGUGUGAAUUUCGCACGUGACGAGUUCGCCAAACUCCGUCGCGUCCCCACACUUAAUGCCCCGGAUUCCGUGCCCGCAGACAUACAAGAGACUCUAUUCUGCACGGCCAUUCGCUUUGGCAACGAGGCCGACUGGACGUGGCUUAAGAACAAUUACAUGCGCUCGAAUGUGGCCGCCGAACAGAAGCUGAUGCUGGCAGCCCUCGGUUGUAGUCGCGACACCUGGAGCCUGGAAAUUAUGCUUAAAUGGACGUUUGCCGGAAAAUUGGUCCGAAAACAUGCGGCACAGCGCACCUUCAGGGCGGUGGUGAAGAAUCCACUUGGCUAUCAUCUGGCGAAAAAGUUUCUCAGCGAGAAUGCCUUCGUCAUUCGCAACUUCUGUCAGAACAUGACCGGUAGAUUGGUGGAAGUAAUUAAGCCGCUCUUCGAGGAGGUUUCCACUCAAGAGGAUCUCGAUUAUUGGACCAAUUUCUUGCGUUCCCAUUUCAAGAAUAUGCCCGGCAUCGAGCGUCUCAAAAAGCUGUUGCUCGAGCUGGGCAAGGAUAAUAUGUUUUGGAGGCGCACAAAAUACAACGAGCUAUUAUCUGCCAUACGAAGCCUUAUCAAGAUAGAAGAAAUUCCGGAACUUUAGACGAUGCUGAAACUUAGUAAUAUGAACUUGUAACGACAGAAAAAAAUGGUAAAAAAAUGGUAAAAAAAAAUAAAAUUAAAGAUCACUUCUUUAA